CAAACUUCGACUAAGACAAAACAGUAUACAAAAUAUGAUAUACAAUCUUCCCGAGCACACACAGUAGAGAUAUGUGUUGGACUAGAAGUCGACAGAUCGAUCGUCUACAAGCAAACAGAUAUAAUAAUCUCCUUCUCUAUUUGUAGCGUAAGAAGAAGGAAAUAAAUAUUGUCAUGUGGAGAGAGAGCGGGAAACCCGCUCAGUACAAAGAACAAAACAGCCGAGCGAUAAGGGCGAUAAGAGUCAGAUUUAUUUUCGGUACGCGUCCAUUGGAAGAUACAUCUAGGCGAGCAUCAAAACCGGCAAAAACAUGACGCUGCGAUAGCAAGUGCAUAAGUAGCGAGUGUCCAGGGCGACAAGGUGUGGUCGAAUGGAGGUUUUGCUGAAGCUGGUGCAGAGAUGCCAUAGAUACCCAAUGCCGAGUUCAAAUCCCAAUAAUCAAUUAGUAAACGUUGAUUGUAAAUUAGCAAACAUUGACAGCCAGACUCGGGCCGCUUAUCGCCCGCCCUGUGUCCAUGUCAAGGGCUAUCAAUGCGCCCUCAGCCGGCAGCGGCAGCGGCAUCGACAUCGGCAUCGGCAUUGACUUCGGCAUCGACAUUGGCUUCGGCAUCAGUACAUUUCAGUCUCUGAUCGAGACCGUUGAUCGUUGUCAUUGAAUACGCUCGAACACAGACGUCCAGCAACGGUCCAGCUAAGCGGACGGACGCACUCCAAGGUAUUAUUAUUAUGUUCCCGCUGCUGAAUCAUUCGGUUCUUGUGGUUUGCCGUUGUUGCCUGGUGGAGCAGCCGCAGCACUGCCACAGCAUCUGCGACAAUGAUCAACUGUUCAGCCAGCUGCUCGCCUUGUCGCCCACGCUACAGAUUGUGCCCAGCGAUGUCAUCUGCCAGCUCUGCCUGCAUCGACUCCAUGACGCCCUUGACUUUCGACGCCGCUGCGAGGAAUCGGAACGCAUUCUACGCGCCCGGAACGAACAGGCGUUGGACGACGCACUCGAGUGCCUCGAACGUGAGGUGGGCUGCCUGGAGCAAGCUAAAUCUAGGUCCAUGUCCAUGUCCAUGCCUAUGUCAGCGCUGCUGGAGCCAGUUGACUUUGGCAGCCUGGAUCUGUCGGAUUUGUUUCGGGGCAAUCAGGAGCAGGCAAGCGCCAACUGGGACGCUGCUACGCUGAACACGCCUAUCCAUUUGCCAGGUAACCUGGAGCCAGUGAAGACCACCGAAGAAGUGGAGCAUGAAGGGCAGAAAGAGGAAACGAACGAUAGAUCUGCUUGUAUGCCAGAGCCAGUUGUUCCGCCACAGCGAAAGCGGCCGCCACGCAAGGUGGCAGCAGCAGGUGGCAGUGGAAAAGGCGGACGUAGCAGGACGCCAAAGUCGUUGUGUCCGUGCACCGAGUGCGAAAAGAAGUUUACGCGUAACUUUCAAUUGAAGCUGCAUAUGAUAUCGGUGCAUGGGCUGGGCGAUGGGCUGCGCUAUGAGUGCGAGGUGUGCUCGAAAAGUUUCGCGUCGCGCCACAGUCUGCGCUAUCAUUUUACAUCGCUGCACUCAACAGAGCGACCCUUUGCCUGCGAACUGUGCGACCGACGGUUCGUGCUGCGCACCCAGCUGAUCUCGCACGCCCGGAUGCACACGGGCGAGACCAAGCCGCGCAUCUUCGAUUGCAAUGUGUGCGGCAAGACGUGGCCAACCAAGUCGGACCUGCGCACCCAUCUGCGCUCCCACGAUCCGGACAUGUCCAAGCGACCCUACAAAUGUGAUCAAUGCAACAAGGCCUUCUUUACACGGGGCCAUCUCAACUCCCACCACUUAGUGCACACCGGCGAAAAGCCCUACGCGUGCACGUACUGCGACAAGUCUUAUCAGAGCGUUGGCAAUCUUAACAAUCAUACAUUGAGGCAGCACUCGAAUCUGAUUGAGACGCAGCUGAAUCUCAAGUACACCGACUUUGAGAGCUAAGCCGCUUGCCAUUCAUUUCCGUUUGAGAACUUCAAUUAAAAAGAAUUUUUAGCCCCUAGAAAUUCAGUUGCAUAAAUAUU